AGGGAGGUUUUAUAUUAGUCAGGGACUCUGAAUGGCAGCCAAUCAGGAGCAGAUCCCCCUCUGCUUCAGCUCGCUGCCUUCCAGAGCUAAAAGUGAUGCAGAGAGAGGCAGCUGGAGUUAGAUUCAAGUGUAGUCAGUCUUGGAAUCUAACAGCAGCUGGAAAGGGUACAGAGAAGCACUCCACGCCAAGGCACUGUUUCAGCCGAAUAUGAGAACACGAGUGCAGUAAUCCUUCUUCAAAGGGACCUGGAGAGGACAAUUGAGAGGAGAAUGAUGUCAGCAUCAGUAAUGCUGCAAAUUAAAAAACGGGCAGCACAAUAAUACCAGCAGUGCUCUAUGAUUCACUGAAGAUUACAAAGUCGGGAUACAAUGCUGUUUGAACGUUGCUUACUGCUGCUACUCUUGAACUGCUUUCCAUUGCUUGGUUUUACAAAAUCACUAUCAGACAGGACUAAUGAAGAAGUUGGAGACAAGAUAAUUGGUACACCAGUAAAGUAUGAGAAAAUACUUUAUCGCUCCAAGCGUAGCUGGAUGUGGAAUCACUUCUUUCUCUUAGAGGAAUACACUGGAACUGAUCAUCAAUAUGUUGGCAAGUUGCAUUCGGAUCAAGACAGAGGAGAUGGGAGUGUUAAAUAUGUACUCACUGGAGAUGGAGCUGGGUCUUUGUUUCUAAUUGAUGAGAAUUCAGGUGAUAUUCAUGCAACAAAGAAAUUAGACAGAGAAGAAAAAACCUUCUACACGCUACGUGCCCAGGCUGUAAACAAGCUUACAGGCAAACCUGUGGAACCUGAAUCUGAAUUCAUCAUUAAAAUCCAUGACAUCAAUGAUAAUGAGCCAAAGUUUACAAAGGACACCUAUGUAGCUAGUGUUCCUGAAAUGUCUGAUGUAGGAACAUUUGUUGUUCAGGUAACAGCAAAAGAUGCCGAUGAUGCCACUUAUGGGAAUAGUGCUAAGUUAGUAUACAGUAUCCUUCAAGGACAGCCGUACUUUUCAGUAGAACCUGAAACAGGUAUCAUCAGAACAGCUUUACCAAAUAUGAACCGGGAAAACAAAGAAAAAUAUCAAGUUGUCAUUCAAGCCAAGGACAUGGCAGGGCAGAUGGGUGGAUUAUCUGGGACUACCACAGUCAACAUUACUCUAACUGAUGUAAAUGAUAAUCCUCCUCGUUUCCCACAGAGUACUUACCAGCUCUGGACUUCAGAAUCUGGAGAGACCGGAUCAUCAAUUGGCAGAAUUAAAGCUACUGAUGCUGAUCUUGGGGAAAAUGCCGAAAUUCAAUAUAAUAUUAUAGAUGGAGAUGGACGAGAUAUGUUCAGUGUUGUAACAGAUAAAGCAACACAGGAAGGCAUUGUAACUUUAAAAAAGCAAUUGGAUUUUGAAAACAAACGGAUAUACACACUGAAAGUUGAGGCUGCUAAUACUCGUGUUGACAGCAGGUUCCUUAAUUUUGGCCCAUUUAAAGACACAGCCAAUGUAAAGAUCACAGUUCAAGAUGUGGAUGAACCUCCAGUUUUUAGCAGGCCUUCCUAUGUCAUGGAUGUUCAUGAAGACAUGAAUGUUGGAAGCAUUAUUGGAGCAGUCACCGCAUGGGACCCAGAUGCUGCUAACAAUCAAGUCAGAUACUCUAUAGACAGACAUACUGAUCUAGAUAGAAAUUUCAAUAUAGACUCUGGAAACGGCUCCAUUUCAAUGUUGAAGUCUCUUGAUCGUGAAGCAUCUUCCUGGCACAAUAUUACAGUCAUUGCUACUGAAACAAAUAAUCCAAAGCAGAUGAGCCGUGUUCCAGUUUUCAUUAAAGUGUUGGAUGUUAAUGACAAUGCUCCUGAAUUUGCCAUGUUUUAUGAGACCUUUGUAUGUGAAAAUGUAAAAGCUGGACAGCUGAUACAAACUAUAAGCGCUGUGGAUACAGAUGAGCCUCUUAUUGGACACAAAUUCUUCUUUAGUUUAAACAGUGAAAAUCCUAACUUUACAAUCUCUGACAAUGAAGAUAACACAGCCAGCAUUUUGACAAGAAAAAGCGGAUUUAGCCGACGGGAAAUGGCAACCUAUUUUUUACCAGUUGUUAUCUCUGACAGUGACUAUCCUAUCCAAAGCAGCACAAGCACAUUAACUAUUCAAGUGUGUGCCUGUGACAGCAGAGGUAACAUGCAAUCAUGCAAUGUGGAAGCAUUGAUCCUUCCUGCUGGUUUGAGUACAGGAGCACUUAUUGCCAUUCUGCUCUGCAUAAUUAUACUUCUUAUUAUUGUGGUGUUAUUUGCAGCAUUAAGAAAACAAAAGAAAAAGGAGCCUUUAAUUAUUUCUAAAGAAGACGUCAGAGACAACAUUGUCAGUUAUAAUGAUGAAGGUGGUGGAGAAGAAGACACUCAAGCCUUUGAUAUUGGCACAUUAAGAAAUCCAGAAGUAAUGGAUACUAAUAAACUACGCAGAGAUAUUAUACCAGAAAUGCUCUUUCCUUGUCGUAGAGCAUCUCCCAUUAAAAAUAAUGCUGAUGUCAGAGAUUUCAUUAACCACAGGUUACAUGAAAAUGAUAAUGAUCCGACUGCACCACCUUAUGACUCUCUUGCAACAUAUGCCUAUGAAGGAAAUGGAUCUAUUGCCGAGUCUUUAAGUUCACUGGAAUCAGCUGCCACAGAUUGUGAUCAAGACUAUGAUUAUCUAAGUAACUGGGGACCACAAUUUAAAAAAUUAGCAGAUAUGUACAUUGGUAAAGAUACAGAUAAAGACUCCUAGCUGUAUAUGUUAUAGUUUAUAGUUUUUCAGAGCUAAAAAGCACUUGGAAUACCAUUGAAUUGGUGCAGACUAUCCUACUGUAGAAACUUUUAGGAAUAUAACUAUUAGGCCUCUAAACUGUAUUCAUUCUUCAAGAAAUACAUAAUGUAACAGGCUGCCAUUAAAAUCAUCACCUACAUAUGCCCCUAUCCAUAUCAAAUAUUUAUUUGAUAAAUCUUUAAAGAAAAUAAAACAGCCACUAUCCAAGGCCUAAUGAACUUAUCAGUCCUGUACUUUUUUCCCUUAAAAGGGUUAACUAAAUUCAACCCUUAUUACACUUAUUUUGUAAUUCAGUUUAAAUUGAUAACGAAUCUCCUUAACUCUAGGAUAUUUAACGUGGAAAAUGUGUUUUGUAUCAUAAGGACAGCGGUAGUAGUGUUGAAGUAGGCACUGGUGUUUAAGAAAGAAUGUACUCUGCUUUUACUCAAGUACGAGUGGACAACACAUGUAAUCUGUAUAAAGUUUAAAAAUGAAAAGCCUAGUUAAUUUCUUCAUUAUGUUCUAUAACAAGUGUUAAUGUUUAAGACUGGUAAGAUUUAGUAGUCAAAACAUGGUUUAAGUCAGUCACUAGAUGUACAGUAUACAAUGUAUAAGAUUGUGUACCCUACGGAAAAUUCUUGUAUCACACUGCAUACAUUCUGUUUGAUUGCUAAGUCAUAUUGUUUUUAUAUUUAUAUUUUUAUAUUUAUUUUUUAAUAAAACUACAAAUACAAA